ACCGACGAAGAUACCAGGUAGCUAAUCCCCUGGCGUGCUGCUAACGCAGAUUUAUUUACUGGCAGGAGGAAUGCGACCCUUACUGGAUUCGAGGAAUUCAUUAAGAAAAAGGGGUUGGAGGGGAUGCUGGAUGCUAAAGCCAUCAGGAAGCGAUGGGAGAAUUUGGUGCAGAAAUACAAGGCACUUAAGAACCCUCCUGAGGUGUCUACCCCAAAGAGGCGCCGGGUAGACACCGUGGCUAUUGUAAAAGCCUUGCAGGACAAUGAGAAGCAGGCUGAUGAGGUGAUACAGGAGAUGCAGAGAGAGCAGCGAGAGCGAGAGGAGAAAAGAGAGAGAGAGGCUGCAGAACGCGAGGAGAGGAGGCACCAAGAGGCUGUGGAGAGGGAAGAGAGGCGUCACCGUCAGACUGUAGAGAGGGAGGAGAGGUUUUUCAGGGAGAUGAGGGAGAGGGAGGACAGGAGGGAUAGGGAGAUGGCUGCCAGGGAGAGAGAGGCGUCUGCCAGGGAGGAGCGCCUCCUGGCAAUUUUAGAUGUUAUAUCCAAAAAAAUUUAGUGAAUUAAAUAUUAAAUAAAUAUGUAAAACAUAAUUUACACUGUGUCACUCGUUAUACCACACCUUAACAUCUUUUUUCCUGAUUAGGUUACUCCAGACUUUCAAAAGCGGUAAUGUCAAAUUCAUGAUUGAUAAAUUCCUAAAAAUACUACCUACCUACUUUAUCAAACUAAUAAGAAGUACACAAUAUAUUUACCUCACAAUGUUACAAAACAAAUCUGAAUAAAUUACGACCAUUCUGCAAAAUCUAAUGUGUUCAACAUUAAACAUUGAUUUUGCAGAAUGGUCGUAAUUUAUUCAGAUUUGUUUUGUUUUUUAACAUGCCAGAUGAAAUCAACACAAUCAUACA